UUUUCUAUCAAAAAGUGACCUGUCUCCGGCGAAAUGACCUCGAAAUUCCACGGCGCGUCCGGCCCUCAUCACCGGCUCUGCUCUCACACGCGCCGCCUCCUCCGCUACUCCAUCGCCUCUCGGCUUCUCGUACUAUCCCUAAUCAUCAUCUGGCGAUCUCUGCUGAGCCCGUACGACACAUCCGCUUCAAUAAAUCCGCCGUGCCUCUCCUCCUCCGGCACAUCAGAUCUUCCGUUGCCGGUCCUCCUUCCGAGAUUGGGUUCCGUGAUCGAGGAAAGUGUUGUGUGGGAUGGAGUUUACUUUGCACGCAUCGCCGAGUGCGGAUAUGAAUACGAACAGACCUACGCCUUCUUGCCUUUGCUUCCCCUUUGCAUUUCCUGUCUCUCCAAAACAGUUUUUGCUCCACUAGUGCCUGUGAUUGGGUACAGGGCGGUACUGGGUUUAUCCGGUUACGUGAUCAACAACAUUGCUUUUGUUUUCGCUUCAUUAUAUCUUUACCAGCUUUCAGUAGCUGUUUUGGAGGACCAAGAGGUAGCGUUGAGAGCAUCAGUCUUGUUCUGCUUCAAUCCAGCUUCCAUAUUCUACUCAUCAAUAUAUUCUGAGAGUCUGUAUGCUCUCAUGACAUUUGGAGGAUUGUAUCAUUUCUUGAGUGGCUCCAACUUAUUUGCAACAUUUUGUUUUGCUCUCUCUGGUUGUGCACGGUCAAAUGGGGUGCUUAAUGCAGGCUAUAUUUGCUUCCGCUCUAUGCAACAAAUGAAAGAAGCUUUUAUUUCCAGAAAAUGGUCUUAUCUGCUAAUGGCGAAAGUUAUUAUCGUCGGGGUUUCAUGUUCGAUUUGCAUAUUUGCUCCCUUUAUCUCUUUUCAAGCAUAUGGAUACUUCAACAUAUGCAAGGGUCGUUCUGCAGAUGAAAUGAGUCCGUGGUGCAAGGCAAGACUUCCUUUACUCUACAAUUAUAUUCAAAGCCACUAUUGGGGAGUGGGAUUUCUUAGAUAUUUUCAAGUUAAACAGUUGCCCAACUUUCUACUUGCUUCUCCAAUAUUAUCUCAUGCGGUUUGCUCAAUUCUCUACUAUGUCAAGCUAUGGCCUGAGGUGUUUCUCUCACUCGGCCUGCGAGUUUCACCAUUAUCGAAGAGGAAAGAAGGGUUAAUGAGCAGUUCUAGUUCCUCUGAGAAUGAUACUCCUAAUGUAUUGUCAGAUGACAGCGCUCGUGGACUGAAGAAGAGAGAGAGAGCUAUCAAGAGAGAAGUUUUGGUUAUGAAGCCAUUAAAAAGCAAAACACCAGAUAACCCACCAUAUGAUCCUGUUCUUCUUCUUCCUUUUGUUCUACACUUGAGCUUCAUGGUUGCUACUGCAUUUUUUGUCAUGCACGUUCAGGUGGCGACUCGUUUUUUAUCAGCUAGCCCAGUUCUGUACUGGUAUGCCUCCCUCAUUAUGGGAUCUCCUUCUGUUGGGAGAAGGUGGGGUCAUCUCAUAUGUGCAUAUUGCACGGCUUACAUUUUGCUUGGGAGUUUGCUUUUCUCCAACUUUUACCCCUUUACCUGAGGUGGUGGAGGAUUUUCCUGGUUGGCCGAUCGAAAUUGUUAUGCCUCCACUUUUAACCUGCCUUUUGGAGAUAUUGUUUGGACAAUCUCGAUUUAGAAAAAAGAUUGUAUGAUAUGAUGAAGCAGAGAGAGUGUUUUGAUAGCUUGGUUAUGAGCUAUGUUGUGUAGUAGCUAAUAGUGUAGUUUGAAGUGGAUAUCUGUCUGCUGAUUAGUAUUUUUUAUACUGUAUAUGUUUUUAAACCUUCUAAGUGCAUGCUUGGAUACAAAACUUUUCUAAAUAAUUUUAUCACUUUUUUUUAAAUACUCACUAUCCUCAAUAUAAU